AUGAUUGAAGUUGUGUCAAAUAUUAUUGGUGAAUAAAAGGGAGUCAAUCCUAUAGAAAAUUAAUAAAUUUUUAAUUUAAUAUCGAAAAGUAAACAUAACUUGUAUAAGAAUAUCUUGUCAGCUUUUAAGAAACAUAUUACCGAGUGUUAAGAUACUUUCUUGAUGAGCUUUUAUGAAAAUUUGAGUGAAGAUAAGUGGACUUUUGAACACAUUAAGCUUAGAGUAACUACAAAUUUGGCAAUAUUCGGAAGAUUCAAUCUCAAGGUUAAAAAUUUUAGUAAAAACAGAAAUCUGAAAAAAAUAUUUCAUUACUUUUUGAAGAACUCUGAAAAAAUAUGGCUUUAAGAUUCUAAAAUUAAAGAUAAAGACUAUUACAUUUAAUAAAUAAAUUUGAUGGUUAUAGCAUAAGAAAGACAAAUCCUUCAAAAUUUUACAAAUUGCUAUAAUAAGUAGAGGAGAAAUAGCAUGAAGAAAUGA